AUGUUUGUCCGAAAUAAGCCUCGUCAAGGUGAAAGCUUCUCGUCCAGGUAUGGUGCUGGCAAAUCUGUCAGUAAAUCCAAGAAGCAUUCAUUCCGAGACCAUUCUGUGGCUGCGGGCGUGAAGAGAGCCGAGUCCUCUGCUCAACCGUCACCAAGGAAAGACCAAUCCAGUGAUCCCACUUCACCCAACCUUACCUCUGCCAUCAUCACACUUGUGGUUGGACCUGAUCAACGACUCUUCGCCGCUCAUGAAGACGUGCUCUGCAACUCUUCCUUCUUUCAAGCUGCCUGUCGAGGCCAAUUUCUCGAAUCACAUGCCAGAAGAAUAAAUCUACCGGAAGAAUCACCGGAAAUCCUGUCUUCGGUGCUCGAGUUCCUGUAUAAAGGAGACUACUAUCCGAAACUUUUGCACAAUAAACGCAAGGACACGUGGGAGCUUGAAGAUCGGAGUGCAAAUGGCAAUAACGAGUCGACCAUCUAUCAUCACGCUGUUGGAGGAAACUUGUUGAAGGAUACUGUCAUAUACUGUGCAGCCCUUCGCUACGAUCUCCCUGAGCUCGGCCGCCUCGCCCUUCGCAAACAAGGCCUCCAGUCCGGCAUCCAAGUCAGCACUAUUCUCUCUUCCGCUCGCUACGCCUACGCACAAACACCCGACACAGACUCAAAGCUGCGAGCUCACUACUUGGCUCUCAUCAUCCGAAGCAAGAAUACUUUCAAGAGGAGUGGCACCAUGCAGAUGGAGAUGGAAGAAGGUGGACGACUGUUCUUCGAUCUGUUUGUUGCUAUGUGCAAUCAUAUCGAUGACCUUGGCACUAUCUCACGGUCGCCCUUCACUCGCUAG